GGCCGAAGGAAAUAUCACUUUGGCACGCCCAUGUAAUGGCACACGGAAUAGGGGCUUACUACGAACACUGCAGCGUGUAUAGCAGUAAAGUAGAAUCAAUUAACUAUUCUAACUAUAUACUGGGUCCUACGUAGUAUUUAUAGCCCGCUAGUAUGGCCGGUCCCUGGAUAAUUUACAUCUGGCACACCAGCGUUGCUGAUCGUAAUCAUCCGGGUAACGUGCCACCGGCCAGCAGGCCAUUUCACAACAGGUUCCAGCGGCAAAAGAUCGGAAGCCCGGUAGCCGACCAGACACAUGAGCUCCCUAGUUCGACGCAAGCGCGAGUGAGACAGGCUCGGGCCGGACGCGCGGGCCGAUCACGUACUACCCAGGAUGUGGGAAGCCAGCCGGUGGUGAUGGCACAAUCUUCGGCAAUUUUCACGCAACAUCAGUCGUAUCCCUCAAGCUUUUGCGUACUUCUAAUAUUCAAGAUGCGAGGUCAACUUGCAACCUCCCAGAGUGAUAUGCCGAAGCUAUCAACUGAUCUGAUCGAGAUCUGAUGCAAUCUGGGUCUGUACCCAAGAGCCUCAUAAUACGCAUAGCUUGUAAUCCUCUGUAAUUGUGCUGGCGCCAUGCCUCAGCAAAUGUGUUCUCGAGAGGCUCUUGUCAAGUGUGCGUUGUCAGUGCAGAUAAGGUCUCAGCGCGACUUCCAAUGGGGCAAUAUCCCCUGACUAUGUAGUAUUUCCCAAUUGGGCAAUGGGUUACCUCGUACGCUACAAGGACUACUCCCUAUCUGAGGACACAUGGUAACCAGCGGAGAACCUCACAAACGCGUGAUGAUACGUCGCAGAGCAAAAACAGAAAGCACA